CUCCUCCAAGUUUUCUCCUCCCUAAUUCUUUCCCCCCUCUUCUGCUCUUCAUUUUCACCUGCUUUCCCAAUGGAGAGAAACCCCAUGCGUAGGCAGCUUGCAAUCAUGAGGCAAUCCCUCUUUGAUCAGGGAUAUCUUGAUGAGCAAUUCAUCCAGUUGGAGGAACUCCAGGAUGAUGCUAACCCAAAUUUCGUGGAAGAAGUUGUCACCUUGUACUACCGCGAUUCAGCCAGAAUAAUCCUCAACUUAGAGCAGGCACUGGAGAGGAAGCCUUUUGAUUUUAAUAAGUUGGAUGGCUUAAUGCAUCAGUUUAAAGGAAGCAGUUCAAGCAUUGGAGCCAAAAAGGUGAAAGCUGAGAGCACACUGUUUAGGGAAUAUUGCAAGUCUGGAAAUGCUGAAGGAUGCACGAGGGCUUUCCAACAACUGAAGAGAGAAUAUGACACAUUGAAAAGGAAGCUCGAAGCUUAUUUUCAGCUGGCAAGACAAGCUGGCCCAGCGGAGACCGCAUGUCGCCGCAAAUAAUAAGAAAACUCCAUUGCAGAAUGCAGGAAUGACUGCAGUGUGGCAAGAAACAUUGUGCUUGGUGAAUUUUUUUUCUGUUUGUCUGCCCAAAAUUCACCACAUUAGGUUUCUAGGCCUCUUAGAGUUUGCUUGUAAGCCAUGUAUAAUUAGAUUAAGU